AACACAGUGGUUUUACCCUUUCAUUUCUUUUUUCUCUUUUCCAGUAUCACCAUGACAGUUGUGGCAGUGUCCUGUUUACAAAUUGCUGCUAGUCACAUUUUCAGUAGUCCUUACGGGUUUUGCUUUCCCCUAAUAUGGACAAUUAGGAGGAAAUAGUUAUCAUGAGCAUGGACUUGCUCUUCUCCUUGUAAUGACAUAGUCCUGCAAUCCAGGAAACAGUGCUGCAUGGUGUCCAUGUCUGCAAUUUCCUGAUGUGGGAAAAACGUGUGGAAAGCAUCUGGAGAGGAGGAGACCCCCUUUACCAGCUUGUUUCCUGUUCUGUGACUGGCUGCCACAUAAUCUUUUCUUCACGCAAUUGUAUCUACCUGCACAGGCAGUCAAGCAAUCAACAGCGAAGAUGCUGCUUUUCUCAGGGACAAAGAAAUAGUGCUUAUAGUGUAGUUUGGCCAGCCACUGUUUCUCCAGCUCACCCAGUUCCUAAGCACAUAAAGAAGCCAGACUAUGUGACGACAGGCAUUGUACCAGACUGGGGAGACGACAUAGAAAUUAAGAAUGAAGAUCAGAUUCAAGGGCUUCGUCAAGCUUGUCAGUUGGCCCGCCAUGUCCUGCUUCUGGCUGGAAAGGGCUUAAAGGUUGGCAUGACAACUGAAGAAAUAGAUUCCAUUGUUCAUCAUGAAAUAAUCAGACGGAAUGCCUAUCCAUCACCUCUGGGCUAUGGAGGUUUUCCAAAAUCUGUUUGUACUUCUGUAAACAACGUAGUAUGUCAUGGUAUUCCUGACAGUCGACCUCUUCAGGAUGGAGAUAUUAUCAACAUUGAUGUCACGGUGUAUUACAAUGGCUACCAUGGUGACACUUCUGAAACCUUUUUGGUGGGCAGUGUGGAUAAAUCUGGUCAAAAGUUAGUGGAGGUUGCCAGGAAAUGUAGAGAUGAAGCAAUUGCAGCUUGCAGAGCAGGGGCUCCCUUCUCUGUAAUUGGAAACACAAUCAGCUCCGUGGCACAACGUGGUGGCUUCCAGGUUUGCCCGUCCUUCAUUGGCCAUGGCAUCGGGUCGUACUUCCAUGGGCACCCCGAGGUGUGGCACCAUGCCAAUGACAGCGAUUUGAUAAUGGAAGAAGGAAUGGCGUUCACAGUAGAACCAAUAAUAAUGGAAGGAUCCCCCGAAUUUAAGAUUCUAAAGGAUAAAUGGACUGCAAUUUCUGUAGACAAUAAAAGAUCAGCGCAGUUUGAACAUACCAUUGUGAUUACCUCAGAGGGAGCAGAAAUCCUCUCUAAGCUGGUAGAAGAAUCCUGAAGAUGGAAUAAGAAUCAGAGGAACCUGCUGUACUUGUGGGAUUUCAAGUUUCACUCAGGACAGAGAAGAGGUUUCUAUAAUGCCUGUGGGCAAUGGGUGCUGCAUAAUUUGCUGCAGGGGAGAGAACAAGCAGCUUGAGGAGUCAGUUCUGGACAUAGUCCUUUCUGUGUUUUACCUGUUGAGUGUUUAAUAAAAGACUUGUGGCUUUUUGUGACCCCGGAAGCAGCCAUGCGCAGCCUGCAAGCGCAAAGGGUUUGGGUUAUUUGGGGUGAGGAGCAAAGAGCCUGCCCUCUCUCUUCCAAAUCCUAUGUGGGACAAACAUAUAUCAGAUGACACAGCCUCUGUGCAGCUGAGAGAACACAGGAACAUAGCAUUUUCCCUUUAUAGCUGAGCUAUUGAGUCAAUUUGUCUUCACUGCGAUUAGCACAGUGCCGUUUCUCAGGCUGUAGCUUCUACUAGGAUGGAAAAAGUUUCCCAAGGGUGGCAGGCAGAGGCAGCAGGCUUUUCCCCCUCAAUCUUCCUAGCAGCAGUACUCUUGUGUCCUGCCCUGGAUAAUUCUCUUUACACAACACACACACACACAAAAAGUAAUUAAAAAUUAGAUGCAAAGUGUGCUUCUCUUGAGAUCAAUAUUUGCAACAGUUAAAGAAUUAGCCAGUUUGGGGUAAUUGCUGCUCUGUGGUGCCCAAGUUAGUUAAGAGAAAGGCACUCCACAGUUUAGGCAUUUAUGAGUCCUGGGUCCUGCUCAAAGUUUGGAACUCAUGGUCCCUGUGAGCUGUUGGGUCCUGCUCUUCCCUGUGGUCACCAUGCUUGUGUCCUGGGCUUGCCGGGGAUGGAGGGUUUCCUUUGCAAUUCUCCAGUUGCUGAUGCCCUGUUGGGACAGAUGGGUCCAGCCUUGGUACUUAGAGGCAACUGGAGUAGGACCCAGUCCUGUGAAAUGCAGGGUAACCUUGGAGGAAAACAAAUACCUCUAGAAUUGCCCCAUACCUGCAGCGAUGCCAGUUUGUAGACAGGUGAAAUGCAGUGCUGAGGAGGGGCCAGUUGCAGGUGACCAGGGCCACUUGGCACUGGCAUCCUCCAGUGGUACAGGACAGGAAUAAGCCACCUUCUGGCUCUGAUGUUUGUUUUCACUCGAGUACAACGAGCUGCCAGCUCUAAUAGUAUCUAACAACAUCUUUUCAAAAAGCAGGACACACACACCCCAGCAACCCCGAACACAGUGAAAACGGUGGGGCAUCCGUCUUUCCUGAGAGGAGCUCAGAAGGCCUGAAACCUGGAAAACAACCCAUGCAGCCAAGUUCAUCAGUGCGGCAGGGUUAAAGAGUGGGGCACACCAUCCCUGUUCGGGGUGGGGGGAAGGAGACGAUGUAUUUUCUUCCCCAAGACCCUGCUGCCGAGCCUCCUUCAAGUGGGGCUGGGAGUGAUUUGGGGUUCUGUGUGUCUCGGGGCACACCAGGGCCGCAUCCUGGAUUUUUUGGCAGUGCCAGGAACCCCUGGAUUGCACUGCAGAUGCUAAGCUAUUCCGUGUG